GCUGGAAGGAGGAGAAGCAAGAGGGUCAGGAUGGUCAGUCAGCAGAGCAUCUGGUGAGGUGUUGCUCAAGGAAGAAGGAUCUGAGAGUUCUUUCCCAUCCCUCAUAUUUCCAUGUUCUGCUCCUGCUUUCCCUGAGAUCCCAGAUAAAGGACAUGCUUUUUGGGAAGGAAUCUAUCUGUUGAGCCCCCACAUGUUGGAAAAGCCCCUGUGAACAGACUUGGGUGGGCAGAGAGGCAAGAAAGCUUUGGAUGUGCUGCAGGGUCUGGACAACAUCCCUCGUGGCAAUACAGAGGGUUCUGAGCGGUGGCCACUCCUCAGUUGGAAUCCCAGGGCAGGUUGCAGUGUUGGUCUCUAAACCAGUGACCCAUGGGUUGAGGCAGCCCAUGUCCCAUUUCUCGUUUCUGCUCUGCUCUCCUCUCCACAGCCCUCUCCAUGCAAAUCCCUUGCUGCCUUUGGCAGAGGAUCCUCUUCUGCACAAACGUGCUCCAGGCUGUGCUGAGAUUGCUCCAGGUUUUGGCUCUCCGUGCUGACAUGGUGACCGAGCGGUGGCUUUCGACAACAGGCAGACAGGGACAGCAGCUCCACAGAGGCUAGCAGGAACAGCCUGGUGGGGUCCAUCUCGGAUAGACACGGAUGAUGCCAGAGCUAUGACAGGGAUUGCAGUCUUGGCACUGAGGGGUGAUCAAUUAUGGAACAACUACAGGAGGAAGUACCUGAGGUCAAGGAAGAGGAAGAGGAAGAGGCAGUGAUGGUGGCAAGCAGAGCCUCGGACCCAACUGCAGGACCAGACAGCUCGCUGCCUUCAAGCAGCUACACAGAUGUGUCACAGAGCUCCUCUCCCUCGCUGUCGGACCAGCUGCAGGUGGGCUGUGAGGAGGCGGCCCUGGGAGUGCUGAACGUGGAGUGCAGAGUCUGCGGAGACAAAGCCUCGGGGUUCCACUACGGCGUGCACGCCUGCGAGGGCUGCAAGGGUUUCUUCCGCCGGACAAUCCGCAUGAAGCUGGAGUACGAGAAGUGUGAGAGGAGCUGCAAGAUCCAGAAGAAGAACCGAAACAAGUGCCAGUACUGCCGCUUCCAGAAAUGCCUCUCCCUGGGCAUGUCACACAACGCAAUCCGCUUCGGGCGCAUGCCAGAGGCAGAGAAGAGAAAGCUGGUGGCAGGGCUGACGGCGAGCGAGAUCAGCUGCCAGAACCCGCAGGUGGCUGACCUGAAAGCUUUCUCCAAGCACAUCUACAAUGCCUACCUGAAGAAUUUCAACAUGACCAAAAAGAAGGCAAGAGGUAUCCUGACCGGGAAGGCCAGCAGCACCCCACAGCCUUUUGUGAUCCAUGACAUGGACACCUUGUGGCAGGCAGAGAAGGGGCUGGUGUGGAAGCAGCUGGUGAAUGGCAUUCCCCCCUACAAGGAGAUUGGGGUGCACGUCUUCUACCGCUGCCAGUGCACCACGGUGGAGACUGUGCGGGAGCUCACAGAGUUUGCCAAGAGCAUCCCCAGCUUCAUAGGCCUCUACUUGAACGACCAAGUGACUCUGCUCAAGUACGGGGUGCACGAGGCCAUCUUCGCCAUGCUGGCAUCCAUCAUGAACAAGGAUGGGCUGCUGGUGGCCAACGGGAACGGCUUCGUGACCCGUGAGUUCCUGCGUAGCCUGCGCAAGCCCUUCAGUGAGAUUAUGGAGCCCAAAUUUGAGUUUGCUGUGAAGUUCAAUGCGCUGGAGCUGGAUGACAGUGACCUGUCCCUGUUUGUGGCAGCCAUCAUCCUGUGUGGAGACCGUCCUGGCCUGAUGAACGUGAAGCAGGUGGAGGAGAUCCAAGACAACAUCCUGCGAGUGCUGGAGUUUCACCUACAGGCCAACCACCCGGAUGCCCAGUACCUCUUCCCCAAGCUGCUGCAGAAGAUGGCAGAUCUGCGGCAGUUGGUGACGGAGCAUGCCCAGCUGGUGCAGAAGAUCAAGAAGACAGAGACAGAGACAUCUCUGCACCCACUUCUGCAGGAGAUCUACAAGGACAUGUACUAAGGACCUGUUAUUUAUGAGAAUGAAGCCAUGGAUUCCCAUCAAGACUCUUUGUACAGAAACAAAGAAAACCCUUCCCUGUGUCUUCCAUUUCUUCUACUGGAAACUCUUUUCUACGUGACCCUGACAUACGGUACGUAGGGCAAGAUGCUGUCACGAUUUGCAGCUGCCUCCUGCUCGGCCAGGGCUUCCGUUAACACACACUAACAAAUCUCCACAGCUGCUGUUUCCGUUACUGCGGCCCAGCUCCAGCUGCUCCCGGGGCCACUGGAGCAGCCGCCCGGUUUACAUGGCACAGGCAGUGGGGUUCUUACAGCACCCCAGGUCCCCAAGGUGGGAGGAGCUCUGGUCCUGAGGAGACCCGAGCGAGGUGCAGGGGUCCGGUGGGACCAGCAGCAGCACUUACAGCGUGUCUGUAUUUUCUUGUUUGUUUGCACUCCGAAGACAUAGUCCUGAGCCGUGAAGUCUGGGACAGUUGUGAUGUGAAAGGAUGUUUCUCUCUUUCCCAAAGAAAAGCCAGAGUAUUUGAACACGGGUAGGGCUGUCCUAGCAGGGACCCUCAGCAGCAGCCCCCUGUGCUGUGCAGUGUGUUCCUGUCUCCCAGAGGGACUGUGCGAGCUCUGCCUUCCUGAGUGCUGUGUGGGAACUUGUGCUCCUGGCACCCUGAUUCCAGAGGGAAUGUGUUCCUUGGCACCUCAGUAUGAGAGGAGGGAUGGGGAGGUGGGAGGGAAAGGAUUUGACUCGUUAAAAUUCACCUUCACAGCAGAGGCUGGAAUUUGUGGCUUCCACAGGCUGUUCUGCACAGCUGUGAGUUACCAAAAAGGUCUGUGCAGGGUCAGUGGCUUUGGGCUGGUCAGACUUUAGUGUCCUGUCUCAGUUUGCCCUGUGAAAGGGACCUGGAUUGUCACCAGCUCUCUGCUUCGAGGGGGAGCAAAAGGAUCCUUUAGUGCAUUGGUUGCAAAAAGCUUUACAGCUGUAAACCCCAGCAUAAAUGCCAAGGAUUUAUAAACUGGGAGGGAGCGGGUAGGAUGCUCACAAGGGGCAGGAGCUUCCCAGAGAGCACAGCCAGGUCAGGGAAGCUGCCAGUCCUCCUCUGCCACUGUCCCGAGAGCUGGGACAGCUCCAGGCUUCAGGGUCUGCCUAAACCCAGCACCAUUUUGGGACUUUACCUCAUAACUUCUCGCAGCUGUAGUGAAAUGCCGUAGUGCUGCCUGGGCUGGGCCCCCAGUGUGAAGGGCUGCAUCACCUGAGCUCGAGGGGAGAGGAUGGACCCGGGAAGGGCUCAGUUUCCCUCUCAGGAUGAUGGUGUCUGACCUAAGAAGUAGCACUUACCUGUCUGCAGCUCCUGGUCCUGUGUGUCCUGAGCAGCCUUAUUAAAAUACUGAAAUCCCCAAGGAGGGGUUGUGGGAGCAAAUUAGUCGGUUUUAUUUUACUUUCCUCGUCUUCAGGGUAGCAGAUUUCCCUGGUGCAAUAAUUCCUUUAAAAAACCCAAAGGGGAAGAGCACUGGGCUUCCCCACCCCGUCACAGGGCUGGCGAUGGCCAAACCUGCCCCUGCUGCCGCACUCCAGCCCUUUGCUGUGCCUCAGUUUCCCUGCCCAGCCCCUCCCUUCCCUACCUUGCAGGGGCGUUAGGAGUUACCAUUUCUGAAGCACUUUGAAGCCCUCUCCGGGAAGGCACUGGAGAUAUGCAUGUGCUGGAUGGAGCCCAGGGGAUUUGCCCAUCCCAAAGCCCUGGUGGCAUCCCCACCGCAGCCACAUGCAGGACUUGUGCCCAUCACCUGGGGAACUUUUUGCUCUUCCUUCCUCAACAGUGUAACAACCCUCAAACUGAAAUGUAUAUUUUUGCUAGAAGUACAAACCUCCAAGUGUUUUUAAUAAUAUAAAUAGUGUCCGCAAACUGACUUGACUUUAAAUAAAUCUGAAUUAAAUAUUUAAGAACC